GCUCCCAGAACGGGAGCUAAAUUUUUGUUUUCUAUUCAUCCUUGCAUUGAAUUUUGUUUGAUUUCGUUCGUUUUGUUCGGUCUGAGGGCAAAGUUGUACCAGUUCCAACGAUGCCUUUCUUUGAAUUGAGAGGAACAUUUCCCGAUAGCAUUUAACGACAGACAUGUAAAUCCAUGAUUGACUAUAACCAAUAAAAAUGGUCUACCCUUCUGCCUACGGGAGCAGUAACAAGCCGUCAUGGGCGUUCGAUGUCACAGACCGCUUACAACGAAGCAGUGGAAGCUCCCAGAGCUACCGCGUACCGUAUCCACGACCUCCGGCAGAGAAGGAAGACUACAAAGAGCCAUUCCUCUGCGCCAGAAUCUUUCUUAUGCUGAUAAAUGUUUUAUUUUUUAUCAUUGGAUUCGCUAUGGUUAUAACAUCCAUCGUGGCUGCAGGAAAGCCUGAUUCUUGCCAAUUUUGUUAUAGCAUCCUUCGACCACUUCUUAUUUCAGGAAUAAUAACAACAUUCAUCUCCAUCAUGGGCGUAUUUGGAGCAGCCUGCAAUUCCUAUAGGCUCCUCCUGGUGUACGUCACAUGCGUAGCAUUCCUACUGAUGGUGCAAAUGAUCGUCUUCUUCUGGUCCCUGUUCGGGCGCGCCAACUUCAAGCGGCGCAUGCACAGCUUCUUCACCGCGAAGAUUCGCUACCACCCCUACGACUUGGUGGGAUUUCUGGACGAGAUCCAGGCCAAGUACACUUGCUGCGGUGUCGACGGUCCGCACGACUACCACGCGGCCGGCAUCCAGCUGCCUCCAUCCUGCUGCCACUCCUCGGCCGGGUUCCAGUGCGGCCGGCUCAGCGGCCCCGCCGGCGCGACCCCGGCCAUCAUCGCCACCGUCGCCACGAACGCCAGCGCUGCCGAAAACGUGACGGCCGCGGUGAACGCCUCGCUGGCCGUGACGCCGGCCUCCAGCGAAUUGGGGCGGCCGACGGUCGCCCUUCACGCGCUCACCAAGGGGGCCCGCCACCGUCUGCAGAACGUCACCGGCAGCGGCAUGGGCAACGUGACGGCGAACAGCACCAAUGCGCUUCUGGCCAAUAUCACCACGAUGGCGCCGCUGUCCGAGCUCUUCAACCGCACCAACCUGAGUGGUGGACCCGAGACCUGGGACAUCCGUCACGUCAAAAUGCGCGGCUGCUACCAUGUGCUGUGGGCUUCAGUGGAGGGCCACUACGCGCUGGUGGUGGAGAUCACGGUCGGUCUGGCGUUGUUCCUGACUCUGCAGCUGAUGAUCCUGUGCAUGGCGCACCGCGUGGCCCGAGGCGGCUUCAUCGAAGAGGCGUAGGAGCUCGGCGAAUCAGUGCCGACAGUUUGAUCGAAGUUGUGCCAUUGAAAUGCGACAGGUCUGAUCGAGACAAUGCGAAGUCCGACAUUGACAAAUACAAAACGGCUGGACUUGAAGCGAC